AUGAUUUGGUUAUCGGUUAAUGGAGUGAAUUGUGGAGAAAAUCUCAAAGAGUGUAUAAGUCAUGAUACAGGAUUCUACAGUCAAUAUGAUACAGUGGUGAAGUUUGCUAGUAACAUAGCUGAUAAACAAUUAUUUUGUUGUAAUGUUCCUAUUGGUAGUACAGAUGUAGGUUGCUCUCCCAUGUCUCCUAAUU